UUCUGUGAACUGUGCGCGCGUUCACGCAUACCGUAAAUUCAAUUAAAUUAUUUAAAAAAGUGAAAUAAACAUGGAAAAUAAACACAAUAAUAAUUAUCCUUUGGAGAUUCGAGAUGUGGAACCCGAUGUAGCAGAAAUGCUUAUGAAAUAUUUUACGGGUGAACUCACUGGCUUCGUUCGUGUCGGACCAAAAGGUUACUUCUUACCACAUGCAUUCAGAAAGGAAGCAUUUAAUAUAUACAGCAUGAACAUACGUCCUACGGACGUUUUCGUAAUCAGCUAUCCACGAUCAGGAACAACAUGGACGCAAGAGCUAGUGUGGAUGGUGGCGAAUGAUUUGGAUUAUGAAAAGUCUAAUAAAAUACCACUCACUGAAAGAUACCCAUUUUUAGAAUUCUCAGUAUACGUUCACCCAAUAAUGAAAAAGCGAUUCCACGACGAAAACAUUGACAGCGAGCAUAAAUUAAAAAUCCUAGAGUACGUUAGCCAACCGGCGACAGAGCAGCUUGCGAUCUCACCUUCGCCACGUUUUGUCAAAACACAUCUACCUCUUUCCCUCCUGCCACCGUCGUUACUCGACACCGCCAAAGUGAUCUACGUAGCCCGCGACCCGCGAGAUGUCGCCGUCUCCUUCUUCCACCUUAACAAGUCAAUGAGGACACAAGGCUACAUCGGUGAUUUUGAAACUUACUGGCAAUUCUUCAUUAAGGAUUUACAUCAUUGGACCCCAUACUUCGAACAUCUCAAAGAGUCCUGGGCGAAGAGGCACCAUCCCAACAUGAUGUUCUUGUUUUAUGAAGAACUGUCGAAGGAUCUACGCGCGGCUGUCGAGCGAGUGAGCAAAUUUUUUGGUAAACAAUUUACGGAAAAGCAAAUUGACCAACUGUGUGACCACCUUAGCAUUGAGAACUUUAAAGUGAAUAAGUCUGUCAACUAUGACGUGAUGCGUGAACUCGGUAUCUUAAUACCGGGACAAGCGACAUUUAUUAGAAAUGGUAAAGCAGGCGGCUGGCGUGAUUACUUUGACGAUGAGAUGACAGCGGAAGCAGACAAAUGGAUCUCCGACAAUCUGCGAGACACCGACUUUAGAUUCCCUCAUAUGGAUAUAAGACAGGUCUGUGAUCUGUUCGCACGUUCACACACACCAUACAUACAAUUAUUUUUUUUAAAAAGUGAAAUAAACAUGGAAAAUAAACAAGAUAAUAAUUAUCCUUUUGAGAUUCGAGAUGUGGAACCCGAUGUAGCAGAAAUGCUUAUGAAAUAUUUUACGGGUGAACUUACUGGCUUCGUUCGUGUCGGACCAAAAGGCUACUUCCUACCACAUGCAUUCAAAAAGGAAGCAUUUAAUAUAUACAGCAUGGAGAUACGUCCAACGGACGUUUUCGUAAUCAGCUAUCCACGAUCAGGAACAACGUGGACGCAAGAGCUCGUGUGGAUGGUGGCGAAUGACUUGGAUUAUGAAAAGUCUAAAAAAAUACCACUCACUAAAAGAUACCCAUAUAUCGAAUGCUCAAUGAACUUCCACCCAAUAACGGUAAAGCAAUUACGCGACGAAAACUGUGAUAGCGAGCAUAAAUUGAAAUUUCUUGAAUAUAUUAGCGAGCCGAUAACGGAGAAGCUUGCGAUAUCACCUUCUCCACGUUUUCUCAAAACACAUCUACCUCUUUCACUCCUGCCACCGUCGUUACUCGACACCGCCAAAGUGGUUUACGUAGCCCGCGACCCACGAGAUGUCGCCGUCUCCUACUUCCAUCUAAAUACGUCAUUGAGGGUACGGGGUUACAUCGGUGAUUUCAAAACUUACUGGAAAUUCUUCAUUAAUGAUACACAUCAUUUUACCCCAUACUUCGAGCAUCUCAAGGAGUUCUGGGAGAAAAGGCACCAUCCCAACAUCAUGUUCAUAUUUUAUGAAGAACUAACGCAGGAUCUACGCAAUGCAAUCAAGCGAGUGAGCAAAUUUUUAGGUAAACAAUUUACGGAAAAGCAAAUUGAUGAACUUUGCGACUACCUUAGCAUUGAUAACUUUAAACUGAAUAAAUCUGUCAACUAUGACGACAUUCUUGACCUCGGUAUCCUAAUACCGGGACAAGCGGCUUUCAUUAGAAAAGGUAAAGCAGGCGGCUGGCGUGAUUACUUUGACGAUGAGAUGACAGCGGAAGCAGACAAAUGGAUCUCCGACAAUCUGCGAGACACCGACUUUAGAUUCCCUCAUAUGGCACACACAUAAAUUAAAGUUGCUUACUUUCAGCGAUUGAUCUAUAUAGGUGCUUUUGAUUUUUAAGGCGAGGUCCAUCGUUGAUACAGCUUAAUUUCAGCUCAUAUUAUAAGUUUUAAUUUUUGUUUUCUUUGUUAUUUUUGUUUUG